GCAGAGACCAUCAGGAGAGUCAAGACAAUUCCAUGCGCUAAAAAAACAAAAACAACUUCUCCCCGUCAGACAGAAGCACGAAACAAUCUGAUUUUUUAAGCCAGUGACUAAACUAUGAUGCCACCGGAAUAAAUAUUUGGCAUUGACUAACCGCUAUUCGGCUUUUGUUUAUCGUUAAUCGGCUAUUUUUAUGGUUAGCAUGUUUGCUAACGAAGACGGGAGUUGGCGGAGUGAUUUCUCUCGCGUUACUUCCCUCUCUGCUCAUUGCAGCUGCCAAUAUGGUCGUACUGAGAGGAGUCCCCUCGGUUUUGUCACCUGAACUGCUCUAUGCUCUGGCUAAAAUGGGUCACGGGGAUGAGAUUGUGCUAGCUGAUGCAAAUUUCCCAGCGUCUUCAAUUUGUGCCUGUGGUCCAAAAGAAAUCAGAGCUGAUGGUUUGGGGAUCCCACAGCUUUUGGAGGCCAUUUUGAAGCUGUUGCCCCUGGAUACCCACGUCCCCUGUCCGGCUGCAGUCAUGGAUCUGGUAGACAGUGACAAACAGAGAUGUUUAGCUGUCCCAGUGUGGGAGACCUACAGAGAGCUGCUGAGCCAUGCUGGCUCUCAGUCUCCCCUUGAGGUGGUGGAAAGAUUUGCUUUCUAUGAAAGAGCCAAGAAGGCCUUUGCUGUUGUGGCAACAGGGGAAACCGCUCUGUAUGGCAACCUGAUACUGAAGAAGGGGGUCAUCCCUGCUGAUCAGCUGCAGUGAUAACCACACAUUUUCACAUCUUGUUGAAUUUAGAUGAUUUUUGUUGAAUGCAAAUAGCUUUUCAGUUUUUAAUUUAUGUUACACACAAUUUGUUGAGUGAUUUCAGUCCCUAAAGUAAUUAUUUUCUGUUGAAAUCGAGGGAAUGUUUUUGCAUAAAGAUUCAAAACAACUUUUGCUAAUCUAAAAAUAAUACUGUAAACAUGAUCUAGCUGAUCUUUAGAUUACAUUGAGUUGGAAUCAGUCUUUAUUUUUGUAAACAACUUACACAUUUUGCAUCAUUUUAUUAAGUAAAACACAUGAAGUCUUUAAAAUUUGUGUUGAAAGUAUUUUUAUUGCAAAAUUACAUAUGAGCAAUACUGAUAUUUAUGUCUAGUCUUACUGUUGUAUUAAGGCACUUUAAUACAAUCAAAUGGCUGUUGCAUCUACAGUGUAUCAGCUAUUUGUCUGAUUUUAAAUGAUCUACAUUGGUUAAGUUACUGAAGGAAGUUACUGAAGGAUCAGGGGUGGUACAGAUCAUCCAAAUCUUCCUCUGGUUCUCUGUACUCCUUCUCAGAUGGCAAAUACAGAGGGGCAGCAGCAUUGACAUAAUCUCUAUAAGCGACAGGCAGGAGGAAGUCUCUGUGGUACAGAUCAUCCAUAUCCUCCUCUGGUACUUCAUGAAUCCUGACCUCACUUUCACUUCUUGCCUCCUCUUUCAGCUGUUCCAUCUCCACAGACCAGCUCGGGGCGUCACCAUGAUACAGGUCAUCCUUGUCCUCCUCCGGUUCAUAGACAGCACCUCGGACCUCCACCCCAUCUCUGUUUUUAGCCACCAGCGGGGCCAAAUAUCUGUCCAGCUGUUCCCUGGCUUCGUUGUAGGCUUCAUUCCAGUCCUGCUCAGGUUCUUCUGCAGGAUAGUAGAUGCCCUCUUUUUCUGCUUCCUUCCACAGCUCUGCAGCAGGUACAGCAUCCAGGUUUAUUAUUUGAGCUUGAAGAUCUUCCAUGGAAGGAUGGUACAGAUGAUCCAAGUCUUCGGCCUUCUGGAAAUGUUUUUCCUGUCCGCCGCCUGUCAUGCUCUGCCAAAUCUGCAUGCUGGGGUCGAUGUCAUAGUGAGUCUCAUCCAUGUCCUCUGGAGGCUCCACUCCCACGGACAUCUUUCCUUCACCAUCUAUAGACCUGAAGGAAGAAGGAUGAAUGCCAGCCUGCAUUUCAUCAGUCCGAGUGAAGAUUAUUCGCUUUUAUUUUAGUGUGAAGAAGCUACAACUUACAGAACAGUGUCCUGAAAGGCUUCACCUGUAAGUUUAUCCUAAAAAUUUUUUUUAAAAAAGAGCACAAAUAUUACACAACUUGCUGUCCAAAUACACACCAGUGGCCAUACAAACAUGGUUGUUAUUUUAAAAUCACCAGUUAGAUUUUUAUCAUAUGAUCUAAACAGUGAUAUUGUGGACAGCCAGGAGUGAUUUAUACAUACCCAGGGCUUUGCUGCGAUGCCAGAUAUCAGCGAAACACACACGAAUAGACAAAUCCUACAAGUGAAAAACUUUGGAUUAAUGUCUAGAGUUCAGGCUCCCAUGGGUCACAGACAUUACGCAGCGAUCAGCUACAAAAACAAACCAGACACUGUUAAACAUUAAAAACCUGGUAAACAGGCAGAAAUCUUCCAAAGAGAUUUUCGGUUUUCUUACCUGAACAUGGUGUCUCCUUUUUCUGCUGUUAGCUCAACGUUUUGAACAAGAAACCUUCGCCUGCAGUGACAAUGAAGGAUCAAAGUUCCUCCUGUAAACUGCUGUAUUUUCUUGACCUUUGUAUCCUCUGGACACGGGAGUAUCAGCUGUAAGUAGUUCAUUAUUCCUUAUCUAGUUUGUGUUCUGUACAACAAAGUAGCUUGAAAUUUUAAAAAAGGAACUGCCUUGAGCAACAUUUUGUCAAGAAAACAAUGUGUUGGCAUCAAAAAUUGACUAGUGAAAUUCCUCAUUCUAUCACCCAGUCUAGCAUGUGAGUGUACUCUGCAUGUAUCUGACCAGAAGACACGUAAUACCUUUUCAUACUGAAGUUAGCCUUUUCUUUUUUGUCUGUAUCUUUUUUUGUGGUGUUGUGAUCAAAAAAUAAUUAAUGUCUGGUUUCUUGCACGCCAAGACAUGAAAAAAUAGAUUCCAUAUAUAUUAAAAUACAAUUUCCAAUAUUAUAAUUGCAGUUUUUAUGAGCAGUCAUCUUUAUCAGCUAUCAAUUUUAAGGCUAUAAAAGCUAAAGCUGAGGUCAACAUUUUUUUUAUCACCAGCCAAAUUUUAUGAUGCAGUAAUCAUUUCUCCUAUCUCCUUCAGUGGAGAUCAGCAAAAUCAAAACAGUGGUGUAUAAAUACAGUUUAAUAUUAUGUAUUGCUUGUAGACAGUAGGUAUAUACACGACCAUUCAAAAGUUUGGGGUCACCCAGGCAAUUUCAUGUUUUCCAUGAAAACUCACGCUUUUAUUUAUGUACCAACAUCAAUAAUGUACUAAUCAUCAAUAAGCCAAAGUAAACAUUUAGGCUGAAAGAAGCUGAGUUGUACUGAACUUUGGGCUUUUCAUUAAAUGUUGCAAAAAUUA